AUGGCUACUUAUAAUGAUCGAGGCUACUUUGACCUGGACCUCCGGUCAGAGUCCGGGUCUGCCUCCGUUUCUGCUCAAGCCUCCUCCCAUCAGCGACAGGCCUCUGACACUCCUUUUGCUUCAUCUGAAGUGUCUCAGCGUCUAGUCUCACCACCCUCUGGUACCGCUCUUCCCGCUCCUACUACGACGGCCACCACAACCACUACCACUACCACUACUACCAUCACCUCCUACACGGCCGCCGCAGACUUUGCUGCCUACUACGAGAUUCCCGGAUCCUCCCAGACGGCUGCCGACCCGUCCAUCGCUCCCUCACCGUCCUUCCCGUCCGAUCCACGCAUCGGCUCAGGCUCGUAUCACAACAACUUCAGCGCUGGUAUCGCAACUCAGAGGACUACCAGGUCCAACACAUUAUCUUCAGACUAUAAUCCUAAUCAGGUCAUCAAGCGGAAACCGUUGUCGUCCACCGCUUCGGCCAUCGUUGCGCGAUUCUCUGGCUCGGCCCCUGGAACCACCAACAUCGUCUCCGGAGCCUCACAGGAAACAAGUGCGCUACACGACGCACAGCCGUACCGACCUUCCCACUCGCGGGAUACGUCUGUCUACUCGUCUUCUGAAUACGCAUUCAGCGAAGUCAGAUCUCCACCGGACUUCCCGGCUCCUCCAUCUGCCCACUUUGCCCAGGUCGACCAAGAGCCUGCUACAGGCUCUCAAACGGGACAACAGCUCCUCCUGCGACGUGGGCAUGAAGACCUGACCAUAGAACCACUUCAGACUCGCUCCCAGGAUCCACAUCACAGCGCGAUCGCCGAAGAGGACGAAAUCGAAGAAGUAGACGACUCUGACGACUCCUUGUACGACUCGAUUUAUAAUAAUCUUAAUGCUACUAAUGAUAUGUCAUACCCCGUACUGGUUGAGCAACAACCAUCCUCACCGACCUUGAAUCCCGAAUAUCUCGACUCCGACCUUCAACGGACAACCACCACCACCACUACGACCAGCACAACCACGCAAAUACAAGAAAUCUCAAUCACCAAAGUCGACAAACACCAAUCUGAUAGAUCAGCACCUACCGACACAAUCACAGGCCCCAAGUCUCCCCUCUCGCCGGCUUUUGCCAAGCUUGGAACCUUUUUCUCUUGGAACACCAAUUCGCCCUCCAACAGCGAAUAUUCCCCCCUUCCGUCACCUACAUCUCCCAGGCCGACCACCACCAUAACCGAUGAUACCUCUCUCCCUUCGGCACGUACAGAUCCUACCAUUACGGAAAAGUCCUUAUCGGAUGCGCCAGACAUUCGCCAUUCAUCACAAUCGGCCAUUGAAUACUGCGAAUCUACACUACAGACACCCCCCUGUAUUACUACUCCAUCCUCGACGGCGGAAAUCGAAGAGAUGGAGGAUGAGUUGAAGGCCAUCAGCGCCGAAUUGGCUUCGUCAAUUCGGCGCGAGAUGGAUCUCGAAGACAUAGUGGACCGUCUUCAAUCAGAAAUUAAUAACCCCCAAGCGCCCGGAAAGCGCACUAGCGACUACUACUCUGACUCGGGUAUCAGCUCCGCCAAAUUUAGUGAAUUUGAUCAGACCCGGGAAGAGGUGGAGAGGAUUCAGCGGAAAUCUGAACAGGAAAAGGCGCAGCUGCGCCUCGAGCUAACGACGAAGCUUCAAGAUGAGCGAGAUAAGCGGCGCGAGCUCGACGCCCAGAUCAGGGAGCUGUCCGAAAAGGCGUCGCAGAUCGAUGCCGCGCGCAUGAACAGCCUAGACGCGACGGGGCGGCUCAAGGAUCUCGAGUCCAGCUGCGAGGACCUACGGAGGAAGCUCUCUGAAGAGCGCGAGAUGAAGACCAACUUGGAGGAUCUACUAUCCGCACUCAAGGGCGAGCUUCAAACGGCGACGAACGAGCGAGAUAACCUCCGUGACGAAGUUGUCCCGCAACUUCGUUCGCGAGUCGAGGGGCUCGAGGCAGAGGCGGCCGAUCAGACGAACAUGACUUACGAAACGACGAGAAUGCAGCAAGAUCUUGAGGCGCUCCGUCUAGAAAACGAGAAGCUGAAGAAGUCCAAGGAGGAAGCGGACGCCCGGGCCACGCGUGCGUCGAUGACCCUGACGCGGUCCAACUCGAUUGCGCAAUCGAAGCCUUUCAAGCUACAACACCCUCCCGCGACCCUCGCAAGAUCCAAUACGGUCAAGAAGCUCGAGUCCAAGGAGGCGCUCUCGGAGCGGCUUAAGGAUGUCGAGGCACAAAGGGACGCACUGCACAAUGCGCUGAAGAGCCUUCUCGAGCGCCAAGAGUACCAAAAUCGGGAGAACGAGAAGAAGAUCCGGUUCCUCGAGGCCGAACGCGAGCGCUUACUGCAGGACUCGCCCCAAAAGGCUGGUUACGAGAGGGAUAUCGCCAACCUCCGGGCCGAGGUUUCAGUGCUCCGUCGCCGGGCUGAAGACGCUAUCGACCAGAAGUGGAGGAUAGAGAAGGGCUUGAUCAGCCUCAAGUUCGACCUCGACCGCGCCGACGAGGAGAUUGCCUCUCUCCGAUCUCUCCUGGCUGCGAACGACAUCCUUAUCCCUCCCGUCGAGGGCUACCGAUCGAGCGGAUCCAGCAACCUCAGCGACGCCGCGGGCUUGGUAACUUCGGAGACGCUUGAGCGCGCCUACAAGGAGCUCCAGGCGAGCUAUAGCGAGUCUCUCGAGCGCAUCAAGAAGUUGGAGGCUUCGGGCAACAUCAGCGUGUCGGACGAGAAGACGCAGUUGGCUCUUCGGCGCCUCGAGACGUCCCUCUCAUCGGCGCUCUCCGAGCGAGAUGCCGCCCGCGACGAGGCUUCGUCUUACAAGGACCAGGUGGAUUCGUUCGCCGCCAGCGAGGCAAAGCACCUCGACCACGAGCGUGCGCUUUCGGAUGAGCUCCAGGAGUCGGCUCAGCGCGUAGAGCAGCUCGCGGCGCAGGUGCAGGCCCAGCUGAACGCCAACUCCGACCUCCGCCAACGCCUUUCCGAUGCCGUCUCCCGCGGCGAGGCCGACCGGAAGUCCAACACGGAGCGCAUCACGCGCCUUCAGAACCGCCUCAAGACGCUAGAGGAGCAGCUCGUAGCGGCGCAAACAGCGUCCGAAGAGCGCGUAGCCCGGCACGAAGCCGAGAUCGCCUCCAUCAAGGAGGCGCACAACACGCAACUCCGGCGCGUCACCAGCUCCCCGCUCGCCAGCCCUCUCCGGUCCCCGAGCCCGCUCCGCCCCUCGAUGGCGCGGCUUUCCCCGCUACCCUCGCCGCUGUUCCCCAGGUCUCCCCGCUUGCCGCCGGCCAAGACGCUCGAGGACGACGCCGAGGUGUCGAGGCUCCGGGACCGAGUGGCGGAGCUGGAAACGGCGGUGGCGGAGUCGGAUCGCGAGAUGCAGGACGUCAUUGCUAAGAUGAGCGAGGCGCAGAUCGAGGUCAUGGGGUUACAGGAGGAGAGGGAUGCGGCGGUUAGGCAAGCGAAGAGGUUGCAGAAGGAGUUGGAUGGGGAGAAGGUGAGACAGUUUGAGGAUCGGUUUAAGACGCUUGCGCGGAGCGGAACCGUUUCCUAA